AUGUGGGUGACUUACCCAUUGAGGAGCCUGCGGAUGUGUCUGGCUAACCCAUCAGGGAACCUGUGGAUGUGGCUGGAAAAGCAACCGGCAAAUGUCUGGCUUUUCAUCCCCCUCUUUCCCAUAAUUCUCAUACAGUUCGGGGCUAUACUUUGGCUGCUCGAAAAGAUCCCCUCCCUCAUUCGUAAAAGAAAGGAACGUGGCACACAGACAGAGGUGCCUCCCUUCGUUCAGCCUUGGCCCAUCGACAUGGCGGAACACCGGGAAAACAGGCAGAAUUUGCUGUCUAUAUCUCAAGCCCUGGAGGACUUUAAGAGCCGAGUCCAGGUGAAGACACGUGAGGGCAAAGACAGCGCACAGACCUUGGCCUCUGUGCUACAAGUAAUGGAGGACUUUUUCAGCAGGGUCCAGCCCUACCUGCCCCAAAUCCCUCAGCAAGAGGUGGCAGCUGGCCAGAGAGGAGGAAGGCCAAGAGAGCAAGUGGCCUUUAACCAGGACUUGGCGGCUGUGGAGAGACCACGCAGAAGCCAACAAAUUCGGGUUUCUCAAUCCCAGGGGAUGCCAGCUGCCCAGGGCCUUCGAAGAAGUCCUAGAAACCACAGGAGAUAA